GUGGAGGGAGGAAGAAGGGGGAGAGCAGCGGAGCCGCGCGUGCCAUCCUGCAGCCCAGCCCAGCCCAGCCCAGGCCAGGCCAGCCCAGGCCAGCCGGAGCGAAAGCGCCCAGCAGACGAUCAGAGCCAGGCCGGGCAGGGCCGGAGGUGAGUGACCAGGGAGAGCCCAGAAGCGGGCAGCACCGGUAAUCUGAUCCCAUCCCUCCGGGGGACACUCAGGAUCCCCUCAUGUACAUGGAGCGGGCAACAGCCGUGGCCGAGCCCCGGGCGCCAGUGGACCAUGGUGUGCAGAUCCGAUUCAUUACAGAGUCAGCCGAUAACCCCCAGGCUGCCACCUUCCGCCGGGGUGCUCGUCGCCCCGCCAAGGACUCCAGAGCUAGCUCUUACGGCGUGGCAGUCCGGGUGCAGGGCAUUGCCGGCCAGCCCUUUGUGGUGCUCAACAGCGGGGAGAAGGGCGGCGACUCCUUUGGGGUGCAGAUCAAGGGGAACGGCAGCAGAGGAGCCCCUGACUCGCUGAGCUCAGACUCGGAGCUUCCCGAGAACCCCUACGGCUCGCCGCGGAGGUUUUUUGGCUCCUAUUCCCAGGGCAGCACCUCUGAUGAGGAGCCUGGAGCCGAGCAGAAGAACAAGCUCCAGCGCUCCCGUUCCCACGCCUCCCUGCUGGACUCGGCUCCUGUGGGCCCAGGUGUGCUGACGGGCAGCCUGCUGGAACUAACCUCUCCGGACGGCCCCCCUGGGAGCGCCAUUGACACGGCGCCCCUCUCCUCCGUGGAUUCGCUCAUUAACAAGUUUGACAGCCGAGGCUCCCAAACGAGGGGCCGGACUGGCCACCGUGUCCGACUGUCCACUGAACACCGAAAGCGGAGUCAGAGCCUGGAUAGUCAUGCACCUCGAGAUACAGCGGAGGAACGGGACCGGAACCAGGACCGGAACCAGGACCGGGACCGGAAUCGGGACCAGGAUCGGAACUUCAGCAACUCCUCCUCCCCUAACUCGAAGCCGCCCAGUAUGAUGAGUGGUCUGAAUCAGGGUCAAGCCCCAACAAAUGUUGUCAGCCGAUCCCGACAGACCCAGGAAUGGGUGUUACAGAGCUUUGAGGAGCCACGGGGGAGGGCCCGGGACCCUUCCCUAAUGCAGUUCAAGUCAACCCCAGACCUUUUGAGGGACCAGCAGGAAGCCACGACCCCUGGCAGUGCUGAUCAUGCUAAAGCGACCAUCUAUAGUAUCCUACGAGAAGGGAGUUCAGAAAGUGAAGCAUCUGUGAAGAGGAAGGUCAGCCUGGUUUUGGAACAGAUGCAGGCCCUAGCGCAGGUAAACCCUCCCAAUGUGUCACAGUCCGUGGCCGUACAUCGUGGGCUGGUUCAGAAGGUAGAUGAGCUACAGCAAAAGCUGGAUGAGGAGGUAAAGAAACGACAGAAGCUGGAGCUCUCUCGGGAGCCCUCCCGACUCGGGCUGGAACGGCAGCUGGAGGAGAAGGUGGAGGAGUGUCUGCGGCUGCAGGAGAGACUAGAAAGGAAGAAGGCAGAGACGCAGCGUAGCGCCCAGGAGCUCCAGGACAUGAAGCUCCUGCUGGAUCAGGGUGAGCGGCUCCGGCACGGGCUUGAGGACCAGCUGAAAGACGUGCAAGACAGGCUAAAGCUAAAGCAGGAACAGACCUCCGAGGCUGGGAAGGAGGCCCUGCUGAAGGACCUGCUAGAGACCAGGGAGUUACUGGAGGAAGUGCUGGAGGGGAAGCAGCGGCAAGAGGAGCAGCUCCGGCAGCGGGAGCGCGAACUGACGGCUUUGAAGGGGGUGCUGAAGGAGGAGGUGGCCUCUCGGGACCAGGAGGUGGAGCGGGUCCGGCAGCAGUGCCAACAGGACAUGGAGCAGCUGCGCCGCAGCGUGAAGGAUGCCUCCCAAGAUCAGGCCACCCUGGAGGCAGAAAGACAGAAAGUGUCAGCCCUCAUACGGGGCCUAGAGCGAGAACUCCAAGAGAGCGCCGAGGAGACCGGGCACUGGCAAGGCAUGUUCCAGAAAAACAAAGAAGAGCUUCGCGGAACCAAGCAGGAGUUGUUACAGCUUCGCCUGGAGAAGGAGGAUCUGGAGGAAGAACUCCGGGAACAGAUCGGGGUUCUGCAGAAGGAUCUAGAGCUGGCCCGAGCCAGUGCUGGUGAUAGCCGCCAGGUGGAAAGCCUCAAAAAGGAACUGCAGCGGGCACAGGAGGAACUUCAGAACCUGCGGGAUCAUCAAAGUCAGGAAGCCGUUGGCAGGAGCCGGGAGCGGGAACUAGAACAAGAACUGGCCAUUCUCAGAGAGGAAGCUGAGCGGGGAAAGGGGGUCGAGCAGCAGCAGCUACAGCUGCAUAAGACCCUUCAGCAGCUUCGGCAGGACUAUGAAGAGACCGCCAAGGCCAAGGCCGUGGCCGAAGCAGAGGCAGCCAUGGUGGGGCAGCGGCGGGCGGCAGUGGAGUCCACGCUACGCGAAACCCAAGAGGAGAAUGAUGAGUUCCGGAGGCGGAUCUUGGGCCUGGAGCAGCAGCUGAAGGAGGCCCGGAGCUUGGCCGAGGGUGGGGAAGCUGUGGAGGCUAGACUUCGGGACAAGGUGCAGCGGCUGGAGGCAGAGAGACAGCGGCUCGAGAAGGCCCUAAAUGCAUCCCAGGAAGAGGAAGAAUUACUGUCCGGGGCAAAGAGGAUGCUGGAGGGGCGGUUGGAGGAGGCCCAACGAAGUCUUGCUCGCUUGGGGCAGGAGCAACAGACGUUAAACCGGGCCCUCGAGGAGGAAGCGAAGCAACGGGAAAUCCUUCGGCGGAAUAAGGCUGAGCUGGAAGAGCAGAAACGUUUGUUGGAUAAGACUGUAGAGAAACUGAACAAGGAGCUGGAGAAAAUUGGAGAGGAGUCACAGAGAGCCCUGGGGCAGCUCCAAGGCCAGCUGGAAGAAUACAAGGAGAAAGCACGUCGGGAUGUGGCAGGUGCCCAGCGCCAGGCCAAAGAAUGGGCCAGUGAGGCGGAGAAGGCAGCCGGAGGUCUGGGCCAGCUGCAGGAGGAGGCUCAACGGCUGCGCCAGGCCCUGCAAACGUUACAGGCCGAGCGCGAUACAGCCCUGUUAGACAAAGACCUGCUGGCCCAGAGACUCCAGGGGCUGGAGCAAGAGACGGAAAGCAAAAAACGUUCCCAGGAUGACAAGGUCCGGCAACUCAAGAACCUAGAGGAAAAGGUCUCCCGCCUGGAGGCAGAGCUUGAUGAAGAAAGAAACACGGUGGAGCUGCUGACAGAUCGAGUGAACCGUGGGCGCGACCAGAUCGACCAGCUGAGGGGAGAACUGAUGCAGGAGAGAUCCACUCGGCAAGACCUGGAAUGUGACAAAAUCUCUCUGGAGAGGCAGAACAAGGAUCUGAAGAGCCGACUGGCCAGUUCAGAAGGUUUCCAGAAGCCCAAUGUCAGCCUCUCUCAGCUGGAGUCCCAGAACCAGGAGCUACAGGAACGACUUCAGGCUGAAGAAAGGGAGAAGACCCUUCUGCAAACCACAAACCGAAAACUGGAAAGGAGAGUUAAGGAGCUUUCCAUCCAGAUUGAUGAUGAAAGGCAGCAUGUAAAUGACCAGAAAGAUCAGCUGAGCCUGAGGGUGAAGGCCCUGAAGCGACAGGUAGAUGAGGCAGAAGAGGAAAUCGAACGGCUGGAUGGUUUGAGGAAGAAGGCCCAACGGGAGCUAGAAGAGCAGCAUGAGAUCAACGAGCAGUUGCAGGCCCGGGUUAAGGCCCUGGAAAAGGAUUCCCGGCGCAAGGCUACACGGUCAGCAGCUGAGGCAUCCCUCAAGCAUGAUGGGCUAAGCUCAGAUGAGGAAUUUGACAGUAUCUAUGAUCCUUCGUCCAUUGCAUCAUUGCUCACUGAGAGUAACCUCCAAACUAGCUCUUGCUAACCAGCGGCCGGUCAGCAAGGAGACUAGUGGCCAAGGUGGGGGAGAAGGUCCUUCCCUCCUCUAGCCUUAGGCUCCCUUUCUCUGGGUCCCCCAGAGAACACUACACUGCUAGAAGGAGGGCCUGGGUGGUGGUAAGGGAACCUAAGCAUGGGACAGAGCAGGGUUGUAGAAUGGACUUUCCCUGCCUUCUCCUCCCCUCCAUGUGAACAUAGAGUUGGGUGGAAGUGGGUAGAUGGCAGGGGGACAGAAAGAAUUAAGAGAUUUAAACUAUAGAACUUGUAUUUUUUCAGCCUCUUUAUCCUAAGGCUCAGGGACAUAUUUCCCAUGAGAUCCUUUUACCCAUCCUUCUUCUAAUUGGGUAGGGAGGUAUGGGAGAAGGGAGAUAUCAUGGGCCGUGGACACGCUGGCGUGGUCCUGCCUGCUUUUCUUUGCACAAUCCUGGGGGCCACUGGGGUACCCCCAUGCCUCUAGACCUUCCUUUUUCCCUUUACCUGCUUUGAGCCAGCAGCUCCAAGGGACCACUUCUCCUUUCCCCAAGAGCAUGCUUCUUCCCUUUCAGUGCCUUAGCUAGGGUGAGGAGCUGAAGUGGUUCCAAUCACAACCUCCUCAUCUAGCCAGCAUGUUCCCCUCUCAGUCUUUGUACUUGUCCUUGCUCCCUAGGUGGCUGGUUAAAAAAGGUAAAACUAGGCAAGCUCUUUUAGGACAGAAAUGAUGGAUAAGUCUCCUGGUUCCUGGUAAAAGGAGAACUGAAAAGGGCCUGUGCUAGAGUAACGUGGUGCUGUGGGAAGGACUUCUUAUGUUCACAGGGCUUCCGUUGGUGGCUGUGUGGUUAUGAUUUGGUUGGGGCCAGGGCACCCUGCCAGCUGUCUAAAUACCUUUAAAGAUUCACAGAUCAAAGGGCCUCUUCAGGUGUAAUGAUUCUACUGAAGCCUUCCCACAGAACUACUCUUGUCCUCAGUAGGGGAUGCAAGGAUCCCUAUUUUCUCAGGACUCUGGUUCUGAAUACUUAGCUCCUCUGCCUCAAGCUGGGAAUUCUGACUUCAAAAUGGAAUGGGAGGAGGAACCGAAGACUUCCAUCCUGCCUUUGGCUUUCUAGGACAGGCCCAGCCCACAUGAAUCAUCUCCGGGCAGCCUGGGGGAGGGAAACAAGACUACACUCAUCAAUGGCUUGUAACUUUGUGAUUUUUGUACUUCUGUUGGUUGGUCAAAUCAGAUAUCUCUUUCCCUCCAGUUUUUUCCUCCUUGAUUUUAUUUUAAAUUAAAUAUAUAUCUUUAUAUUGUGAA